AUGUUAGGAGACCAACAGGUUUUCAUGUUUUCUGACUGUAAACGUUCACAGGGCUUCUGUUUUGGGAAAUCUGGAGAGCUCCUGACUCUUAAACUGAGACUCGGGGCCUUCAAAGCCAUGAUGAGACAGGACCUUGGCUGGUUUGACAACCCCAAAAACAGUGUUGGAGCGCUCACUACGAGACUGGCCACCGACGCAGCCCAAGUGCAAGGGGCUACAGGAGUGCGUAUGGCCACGCUGGCCCAGAAUCUCGCCAACAUGGGCACCAGCAUUAUCAUCUCCUUUGUGUACGGCUGGGAGCUGACUCUGCUCGUCCUGUCGGUGGUGCCCUUCAUGGCGGUGGCCGGCGCUGUGGAGAUGAAGGCGCUCACUGGACACGCUGCUGAAGACAAGAAGGAGCUGGAGAAGGCUGGAAAGAUAGCUACAGAGGCCAUUGAGAAUAUCCGUACUGUUGUCUCCCUUAACAGAGAACCAAAGUUUGAGUCUUUGUAUCAGGAAAACUUAGAAAUACCAUUCAGGAACUCCCAGAAAAAUGCCCACGUGCACGGUCUCACCUUCUCCUUCAGCCAGGCCAUGAUCUACUUCGCCUACGCGGGCUGUUUCCGCUUUGGAGCUUGGCUUGUUGAGGAGAACAGAAUGGAUAUUCAGGGAGUAUUCCUUGUGGUUUCUGCUAUUCUAUACGGAGCCAUGGCUCUCGGAGAGGCCAACUCCUUCGCUCCAAACUACGCUAAGGCCAAAGUCUCAGCUGCCCACCUCAUGGCACUGAUGGGCAGAGAGCCCGCCAUCGAUAAUCUAUCCCAGGCGGGAGAGUCACCGGACACAUUUGAUGGUAAUGUGCAAUUUGACAGUGUUAUGUUUAACUACCCGUCACGCCCUGAUGUGCAAAUUCUGCAAGGGCUGAAUCUGAAGGUGAGGAAGGGAGAGACUCUGGCCUUGGUGGGGAGCAGUGGCUGUGGAAAGAGCACCACCAUCCAGCUGCUGGAGAGGUUCUACGACCCCAGAGAGGGGAGAGUGCUUCUGGACAAUAAAAAUGCACAAGAGCUAAACAUCCAUUGGUUGAGAUCUCAGAUAGGCAUCGUGUCCCAGGAGCCCGUGCUGUUUGACUGCACGAUAGCCGAAAACAUCGCCUAUGGAGACAACAGCCGCAUUGCAUCGCAGGCGGAAAUAGAGGAAGCUGCCAAAGCGGCCAACAUCCACAGCUUCAUCGAUAGCCUGCCACAGAAGUACAACACUCAGGCCGGUGAUAAGGGAACGCAGCUGUCAGGUGGUCAGAAGCAGCGUGUAGCCAUAGCCCGAGCUAUCCUCCGCAACCCCAAAGUGCUGCUUCUGGACGAGGCCACCUCCGCACUCGACACUGAGAGUGAGAAGGUGGUGCAGGAGGCGUUAGACGAGGCCAGUAAGGGCAGGACGUGCAUCAUUGUGGCCCACCGUCUGUCCACCAUCCAAAACGCAGACCGCAUCGCUGUCUUCAAGGGAGGAGUGGUGGUGGAAGAGGGGACACAUCAACAGCUGCUGGCCAAAAAGGGAUUCUACUUCAUGCUGGUCACCACACAGAUGGGACACGGGAGGGAAUAGGAGGACAUAGAGAGCAAUACAACCCUGACGUGUCCAGAAAUAUUCAUGUUUCCCUGUCCUGCUUUAGUAGAGCAAUGAAUGUGAUCAUCAGACAAGUCAAAAAGCCAAGUCAAACUCCUGUAUUACCGUUCAUUAGCUGUCACUUCUAAGGGCCUUUUUCACAGAUAUCAUUUGAUAUGUGACAGUAGGAGAUGUGCAGAUGUUGAUAAGAUCACAGAUACUUGUAUUGUGCAUGCUGGCUUACUGAAUGUUAUUAGUAACACCUGCUCUUCUACUAUCACAAGUCAAAAUGUCUGCUGUUUUUUCCCCGCCAGUUUGUGCCUUGAACACAUUGACUCCAGUUUUCCUUUCUUUAUAAAAGGUGGACCUAUUUGAUGCCAAUACGCCUUAGCUGUUGAUUUCUGGUGUCAUCUUCUGUUAAGCGUUAAAUACUACUGAUGUACAGAGAUUAAAGAU